AUGCCGCUCGACGUGCAGCUCCGUGGCGAGGGCGUCGGCGCGCUGCGCAAGCUCCUGGCGCCGCGUCUGGACUCUAAGCAGCUCAACCGAGCAGACGUGAAGCAGCUUCUGCAGGGCGAGGCAAAGAACGCGCUGACGAUGGCCGAGUUCCGCCUCAUAGCGGACCUUUUGAGGGAAUUGCGCGCCUCGGACCCGUCGACGCCCAGUCUGGCGUCGCUACUGCGCCAAUGCAGCGGCGUUCAGGCACGCGCAGUGUCCACAGAGCAGCAGGACGACGAGCAGGACGAGGAGAGCAAGGAGAAGAGGGCCAAGUACCUCGCCAGACGCCGCGAGAAGCUGCUGCGCCUGGACGAGGAGAUGCGCUACGGCAGCAUGGUGCGCAACGUCAAGACGCAGACGGCGGCCCGGGAGCUGGCCAGCCACCAGACGAGCGUGCGGCAGCACCUGUCCGUUGGCGCCAACAUGGUGAUGGCCAGGGUCACGGCGUUCAUCGCCGUGUACUUUGUGGCGAGGAACCUCACGGAGAACGAGACGACGGUGAGGCGGGCUGUUCAACAGCGUGGUGGUCUCCUUGUGAUGUUGAUUUUUGCUGACGAGAGAAUGGUCGCUGGCCUCGGUGGUGCCAUCGUCAUGAUGGUCAUCGAGAUGGUGCUGUUCAUCACGCGAGCUGCCAAGUUCGAGAGCAUCGAGCAAGACCAGAGGAAGCACAAGGGCGUCUUCUAG